AUGUAUAUAUAUAUAUAUAUUGCAAGCAUAAAUUUCAUAUCAUCUCAUUCAUAUUCCUGUAAUGUCAUAAUUUCAGGCACCAAAUUCAUAUCUAAUCUUUUUUCUCAGAUAUCUGAAUGGAUGAGUGACAAAAGGUAUAUUCCCCUUUCAAUUGUUGAUGUUACCAUCCGGCUGAAUUUGAUCUUACGAGUUUAUGGCCUAGAACAAGUAGAGAAUUAUUUCAAUAAUAUCCCACAAAAAUUAAAACAGUUUGAGGUGUAUACUGCUCUUCUCAACUGCUAUGCCCACAAAAAAUCCAUUGACAAAGCAGAGUCUGUCAUGCAAAAGUUAAGGGAUAUGGGGUGUGCUAAGACACCAUUAAGUUACAAUAUUUUGAUGAAUCUCUAUUAUCAAACGGGAAGCAAAGAAAAACUGGAUGCCUUGAUGCAUGAAAUGGAAAAGAAGGGCAUUUGUUAUGACAACUAUACGCUCACAAUCCGCUUAAGUGCAUAUGCUGCCACUUCUGACAGUGAGGGAAUCGAUAAUAUCAUGACAAAGAUGGAAUCUGAUCCUCGAAUCAUUUUGGACUGUAACACUUAUGGUGUUGCUGCAAAUGGGUACUUGAAAGUUGGGCUCCUAGACAAGGCUUUGGAAAUGCUGAAGAAAUUGGAGGGAUUAACAACCACCACAAAAAGGAUAUGUGUUGCAUUUAAUGUUCUCCUCAAACUAUAUGCAGAAGCAGGCAAGAAAGAUGAGUUGUACCGGAUCUGGAAUCUGUACAAGGAAAAGGAGAAAAUAUACAACAAGGGCUAUAUAAGCAUGCUGAGCUCGCUAUUGAACUUCAAUGACAUUGAAGGUGCUGAGAAGAUUUUUGAGGAGUGGGAAUCAAGAGGUUUAUCCUAUGAUUUCCAUAUUCCAAACUUCUUAAUUGAUGCUUAUUGCAGAAAUGGUCUUUUGGGGAAGGCUGAAGCCCUUUUAAACAAGGGAAUAGAAAAAGGGGGUAAUCCUUUGGUUAGUACAUGGUGUUAUUUAGCUGGUGGGUAUCUUGAACACGAUCAAGUUCCAAAAGCAGUGGAAGAGCAAUCGUAGUAGAUUCGCCUAGUUCAAACCCCAACAAGGAUGCCUUGGUGUCCUGUUUGGAAUACUUGGAAGGGCAGGGAGACAUGGACCGAGCAGAGGAGUUCAUAAGUUUGUUGACGAUUCAGGGUAUCUUUUCAGCAGUAAUUCACGACAAAUUGUUCAACUAUAUUAAGGAUAAGAAAUAACCAAUUAACAACGCAAUGCAAAGCCCCUGUUUGAAUCAAUGGAAAUUUUGAGAUUGAAGUCAGAGAAAUUCAUAGAUCACUGAGGUAUUUUUUCAUCUCAAGUAUUUUACUUGAAGCAACCAUGCCCAGUUCAUAGUAUCAUGUUAAUUGCUCUGAAAAGUUCACCUUGUUUUCAUUCUAUUGAAGCUUAUGAGCAGUGACGGUGUUGGGUCCCCAUGGUAAGCUUUUCAUGUAUUUGUUAUUCACCUUCGUGAAAUGCUCUCUUGUCCUUCUAUGUUGACCUAGUUUUCUGGGCUAGCAUACAAGCUAGGCUACCCUUUACAGCAUGAAAUGGAUUGAAUUAAACCGUGCCACAUAUCAAGAGGGGUUGAACCCAAUGGUGCACGUAAUGACCCUUGUAGGAUAAUAUAAUGCAAGUAAAAUUCAAGAAGAAUUUUGAUGAUGGCUUGAAGAUAUACCUAUCUAAAUCCUAUUCUUGAACUUCAAGGUUGAUUUGUAAUACAUAUCUGUGUACUUGUAAGAUAAUUAAUUAUUUGGAGUUGAAUCAUUUAUGUUGCAAUGGUCUACCUUGA